AUGUCAUCAGCAACAUUUACACAAACCAGAUCACAGGCAUUGAAUCUAGAGAAACAAGCCGAUACAUUAUUGUCACGAUAUUCUGCAUUUCAAAAUUUAUCUAAUACAAGCUCAAGCGACGAAGAAAAUGAACUAAGUGAUUCCAUAUUCGAAAAUUUACAGAAACGAGAGAAUGUUAUAAAUACAUUGAAUAGAAUAUCCGAAACGGACACGAAUUUAUCUACUUCCAAGUUACAACAAUUACAAAGACAUAAGGAAAUAUUAAGCGAACAUAAACGGUCAUAUGCCAAGAUCAAAGGUGUUAUAAAAGAAGAACGGAAUAGAAACAACUUGUUAUUUUCAGUAAGAUCUGACAUCGAUGCCCAUAGAGAAAGAUCAACUAAUAAUUCAAACAAUCGUGACUUGAAUGCCAAUGAUUAUAUAUUGGAUGAGAGUGUUCGAGCAGACAAUGCUAAUUCAUUCGCAGAGAGACUAUUGCAACAAGCAUACAAUACAAGAGAUGAACUCUACAGCCAGAGGGCACACUUGAGUAAUGCGCAACUGAGGAUGAUGGGUGCUGUUCUGCUGAUACCCGGCAUAAAUGUGCUUAUUUCCAGAAUUAAUACUCGGAGGAAGAGAGAUACGUUAAUAUUGGCUACAGUUAUUGCAAUUUGCAUUUUGGUAUUGUUCUUCUUCUAA